GCAGCCUGUUGAUUCAUCGGACGCGGCAGUAACAGCCGCGCCGUACACAAUACACCGUCGUACGAUAGAGCAGAAGUGAUUAAGCUCUCGGCGACGACGAUCUUGUUACAUACAUACUCGCGAGUUAUCAACGUUUCGUGACUGAACGAGGCCACCCCGACUUGCCAAAGCAAUUGAGACUGGGAGCUACGUGAACGAAAGCUUCGGCGUGGAAGACUAGUGAGCGAGCGCACGCUGGGCCGGGCCGGAAAAGAGCUUGCGGGCCUUGAUCGGGCGGUCAAAACGAUCGCGGCCGUCGCGUCGGAUGUACACAUGAUAAGAAACCGUGAAGAACCAACGGCGUACAUCGUAAACGAGAUCCUAUCACCAUGAGGCCUUGGGCGAACAAAUCCUUUGGCCUUGGCCUCUUCGGCCUGCUGCUGAUCGUCUCUGGCACAGCCCUGUAUUUCUCUGGGCCGGCGAUCUUCCAUCACAUUAUUCAGAAGGAAUUGCCGCUAACGCCGACGUCGAAGGCGUUCGAGGUAUGGAGCGACACGAGUAGCCUGCCUCCAAUGUAUUUCAAAAUCCGUUUCUUCAAUUGGACAAAUCCGGAGGAGCUGAGGGUGCCUGGGUCCAAGCCGAAUCUCCAGGAAGUCGGCCCAUACGUGUUCCGGGAGGUGAGACAGAAAGCGAACGUCACGUUCCACCCUGAGAAUCACACGGUUAGCUACUUCAAUCGACGAUGGUGGUACUACGAGCCGGAAUUGACCAACGGUUCCUUGAACGAUCGGAUCACCCAAUUGAACACCGUCGCGAUAUCGGCGAAACACAAAGUACGAUUCUGGGACCUAGCUCUGCAGAGCACCCUGUCGUUCAUGCUGUCGACGACGUCCAUAUACAACACGAAGACCGUGGACGAGCUGCUGUUCAAAGGGUACAGCGACUCCCUGAUCGACAUCGGAAAGAUGACGGGGAUGGGAGAGGACAUCCCGCCGUUCGACAAGUUCGGCUGGUUCUAUGCGAGGAACGGUUCCACGAUGUUCGAUGGCCAUUUCAACAUGGACACAGGCGUCGAGGACAUCGCUAAUUUCGGGGUUCUACGAAACUGGAACUAUAAGGACACCACCAGAUUUUUUAGGAGCCCGUGCAACCAGGUAGAAGGUAGCGCAGGGGAAUUCUGGCCACCCUAUCAGAAGAAAGACGAGAUCGUCUUAUUUAGCGGUGAUCUGUGUAGGCCAAUGGUGUACGAGUACGAGCAAACGGUGGACCACAUGGGCGUCGAGGGUUACCAAUACGUCCUAAGCGAGAAGACGUUGGGAAACAGUACGAGGCGUCGCUAUCCUCAUGACCAAGCGAGAUAUUUCGAACCGACGACCACCACCGGGGAUUUCUUCGAUGCUGAGCCAUCGGCGGAGAUCACGGAUGAACCGGGAACGAACCCGGACGUGGUGAAUAUUGGAAACUGCUUUUGCAACGGGAAGUGCACGCCCGCUGGUCUGAUGAACGUGAGCUCGUGUCGCUACGGCGCCCCAGUGUUCGCCAGUCUGCCUCACUUCUACAGAGCCGACCCCAGUCUCAGAGAACAGGUCAACGGGAUCAAUUCCGAGGAGGACCAUGACUUCUCUAUCACUCUCGAACCGACAACCGGAAUCCCUCUGAGGGUGGCCGCUAAUUUGCAAAUCAAUAUCCUGCUUGAACCAUCAAAGACUGUGUCACUUUUCAAGAAUGUUCCACGUGUUUAUUUCCCGGUAAUAUGGUUCUCGCUGGAGGUCGACGCCACUGAGAACUUUGUCAACGACUUAAAGAAGCUGCUGGCCGUGCCGAGCGUCUGCAUUUAUGCAGCCGUUAUUAUGAUUCUCGUGGGACUGCUAAUUGUCUGCGGGGUCGCGCUGAUAUAUUUUUUGACCAGCCGCGCGAAAUCUCUGACCGAUGAUAAGAAUGCCAAGCCGACAGAAAGGAAGUUAGAGUUGGUGUACAUCGAUAACGAUAACACCAACGACGACGGAAACGUGAGAAACGAUCGCAGGCUGUAUCCGAAUUCCAUCGAGGGCCGCAACAUGGAUCUACAGUCGAGGCUUCAGAAUGAAAAAUAGAGAAACGAAAAGAUUUUCAUUGGACUCGACUAAAAUUAGGUGUGUUGCGAUUACCAUUGCAAAUGAAUAGCUCCCUGAAGUUCGUGAGGGAUGCGACGUACGCCGAAUCUUUAGAAUUUUAAGUCAAUUCCUAUGGAAUAUUUCUCCCCGAGAAAGGGAAGACUCCGCGAGCUUUUAAAAUACUUCCCAAGAAACGUUUUUAGAAGAAUUAUGAUAAAUGUUCUUUGACAAGAAGUGAUAGCAGGGUUGUAAGUUAAAUCCGAGGACAGUACAUUCCCCAUUUUUAUAUUAUACAACGCGAACUGUAAGACUGACGAAUAUCCGAGACGAGGCUCUUCAGCUCCGCUCGUUUGAUUCGUGUACAUCGUUUCUAAAUAUCUUCGGAAUCAAACUACGUAGUUCCAGUUUCAUUAAGGUAAAUCGUAUACGUUGAAUGGGACCAGUAGGACAGGCUCAACAAGUUGGGCGUCGUUUUUAUUCGUGCAAAUAAAUCAAUUUGGAUGGUGCCAAAUAUUCGCGGUCGCGCGACGAUUCUAUCGCCGACAUACCAAUGUUCCUCUCGCAUCCGAAAUGAAACACUCGUGCCAAAUAGUCAGGAUAAGCUGUUAAGUUUUUGGCCGUAGGCGGCCUGUCUACAGUGUUAAUUGUUAGGAUUAUCAAGGACGUCGAGGAUUUAAAAGAAGCUUGCGAUUGCAAAUCAAGUGCAAUUAAUAGCUGAUAAUUCUAAAUAUUCUCCUGAAAUCGUACGAUUUUGUAUUAUAUUUUAAUAAAAACUGUGUGAACUUUUA